CAUAUAAGAAUAGCUGUUCACCUUCGUCGCAUCUUCCAUUGUCAAUGUUCACAGCCACUUCUCUCCUUAUAUAUAGAUCACCUGCUUUUGGUCUCUCUACCUUUGUAAUUUGCUCUUCCCAUAACCUACUUGUCUCCUUAUCAUGUUUCCAAGAAAUGAAGCUCUAUCCACACUUGACCCUCCUCCAUUUGAUCCAUUACAGCCCUCUAUUCCCAUCUCCUACCCUUUGAAAACCCUCCAAGAACUCGAGUAUCAAGCUUACUUCAAUUCCUUUCACUACCCUUUUAACAAGUCCUCCGUUCCUCUUAAAAGCUCUGUUUUAGAUAACAGGCCUAGAAUUCUUGUGUGCCAUGAUAUGCAAGGAGGUUAUGUGGAUGAUAAGUGGGUCCAGGGAGGGAAUAAUGAGAGUGCUUAUGCAAUUUGGCAUUGGUAUUUGAUUGAUAUUUUUGUGUACUUUUCUCAUAAUUUGGUCACCUUGCCUCCUCCUUGUUGGACUAACACAGCUCAUAGACAUGGGGUUAAGGUGUUAGGGACUUUCAUCACAGAAGGGAUUGAUGGGAGACAGACUUGCAAUAAAUUGCUUGCAACUAAAGAGUCUGCUCAAAUGUAUGCUGAGAGGUUGAGAGAACUUGCUGUUGAUUUGGGCUUUGAUGGAUGGCUGUUGAAUAUAGAGGUUAGCUUAGACACGGCACAGAUUCCAAAUUUGACAGAAUUUGUCAGCCAUCUAACCCAGAUUAUGCACUCCUCAGUGCCUGGAUCUUUAGUAAUAUGGUAUGAUAGUGUGGCAAUCACAGGAAAACUUUCAUAUCAAAAUCAGCUGAAUGAAAAGAAUAAACCUUUCUUUGAUAUCUGUGAUGGGAUAUUUACAAACUAUUGGUGGAAUGAAGACUAUCCAAAACUCUCAGCAGCUGUUGCUGGUGAUAGAAAAUUCGAUGUCUACAUGGGAAUAGAUGUAUUUGGAAGGGGUACUUAUGGUGGUGGAAAAUGGAAUACGAACAUUGCACUCGACGUGUGUAAGAAAGAUGAUGUAUCAGCUGCAUUAUUUGCCCCUGGAUGGGUCUACGAGACCAAGCAGGCACCUGAUUUUCAAACUGCUCAAAAUAAGUGGUGGGGCCUUUUUGAAACAUGGAGAGUAGUAAAAUUUUAUCCUAAUUCACUGCCAUUCUACUCAAACUUUGAUCAGGGUCAUGGCUAUCAUAUUUCUGUUGAAGGAGGGCAAGUCUCCAAUGCUCCUUGGAAUAAUAUAUCUUCCCAAGGCUUUCAGCCUUUUCUUGAAUAUAAAGACAAUUCAACUCCAGAUUCUAUUCAAGUUCUUGUCGAUUUUAAGGAAGCAUCUUAUAGCGGAGGAGUAAACAUCACAUUUAAAGGAACUCUGGAAGACAACAAUGACUUGACAGCAAGACUAUUUCAGGGAAAAUUGCUUCUAGGUGAAUUGCCUCUCCGCAUAACAUAUUCUGUAAAAUCAGAUGGAGGUUCUAUGCUUGGCCUAUCUCUUCAGUUCUCUUCCACCCUGAAUGAAAGAACAUCAUCAGUACUUAUUGCACCUUGGGGAACUAAUCAAUUAUCAAACAUGUUCAGCAAAGUGAUUGUGCCACAUGUUAAAAGACAAGAAAUGGCUCCAGGAUGGGUCAUACAGGAGAGUAUCAUUGAAAUGAAUGGACAAACAUUGACAGAAAUCCAUGCUGUAUGUUACAAGCCAAAGCCUGAAAUUGGCAAGCUAAGAUUAGAAAACAAAUCAGAUGGACAUAACAUUACAUUAGCUCAGAAUCCAUCCGAGUAUUUUGCAGCGCUUGGUCAUAUCACAGUCAAGACUUUUAAAGAUAAUCCAGUUUUUCCUGCAUCUAGUUCAUGGCUAGUUGAGGGUCAGUAUAUUAAGUGGAGUCCAGGUUCUCAGGGUUCCAACAACCUGAGUGUUAAAAUCACUUGGAAGUUGGAGGAUGGAAGUAAUUUUCAAUCUUCCAAGUACAAUAUUUAUGUUGAGAAGCUAGUGAAAACUGCUGCUGGAAAUUCAGGUGGAAGAGUUGAAGGGACUCAGGAGUAUAUUGGAGUAGCAUAUGUUGAAGCUUUUUAUGUUGAUAAUCUUUCCAUUCCCUCAAGCACUACUAGUGUCAAGUUCAUUAUUCAAGUGUGUGGAGUAGAUGGCGCUUGCCAAAAACUAGAUGAUUCUCCAUACUAUAAAUUGGAUGUUGAAGGUCAAUAACUUAUUCUUGCUUCUUGAUGAAGAGUGAUCAUGUUCCUUUACUAGCAGUACCACUUAGCAUUAGGUCAAUAAGUGAAAAACCCUUGUUUCCCAAUGGUUUUUCUAUGGUGUCUGAGAUGAAGUUUGCCUUCUUUUUUUUUUGUUUUAUGUUUAAGUUUGUUUAAUCAUCUUGGUUUAAGCAUUUUUCCACCUUUAUUA